CACUACCUAUACCAAACUAAUUAUUGAUAAUCUCAAUAACUGAAAUAGCAAUUGCUGUCAAAUUGCAGUUGAAUGAGGUUUUAAGCUUAACAAGUCAAAAACGGAAAGAAACCGAAAGUCUCGCUUUCAAGUUGGACGGUAUUUCAUAGUUGUUAAGAAGGAUACUACUAAAGCUUGCGACUUUAUGUAUAUAUAUGCCUAAUUUCUAUCAUGUCUUUUGCAGAUUUAGAACAAGGAAGGAAUUUAACUGAUCAGAAUGGAGAGUUUGCGUCAGUAGCAAACACAAUAGCUCAAAAAAUUCACAUUUUACGAGGAAACACAGCCGCUAUUCACAGAUAUUUGGUCAAUAACAUAACAAAAAAUAUACAUGAUUUGCUAGAGAAGUCAAGAGAAUUAUCCCAAAACGUACGAUCAGAUCUGAUUCGUCUUUCCAACAUUCGAGACUCGAAGUUUGGAGAAGAAGCAUCAUCUUUUGCAGUUUCAAAACUUACAAGAGACUUUAAUAAUGUAUUAGCUGAACUUCAACGUGUUCAACAAAAAUGUGCUCAGCAAGAAACAGAUUCUGUAGAAGCAGCUCAAGCAGCUUUAAAUCAAGACGCAAGUCAGCAGGCAAUUGCAGAAGAGGAGCAUGCAAAAGAUACUCUGGUAGGAGAAAGGAGUACCAAGCAAACAUAUACCCAGCGAAGGCUGUCGAACUCUCAAUUGGAAUACCAGCAGCGAUUAAUUCACGAACGUCAAGGUGAAAUUGACAACAUUACCCAGGGAAUCGGCGAAUUGAAUGACAUCUUCCGCGAUUUAAGCACAAUAGUGAAUGAACAGGGAGAGCUAGUGACGAAUAUAGAGUACAACAUUGGGAAUACUGCUACGAAUUCUAAAAAUGCCUCAAAACAAUUACAGAUUGCAAACGAAAGAUCUAGAAAGGCAAGGAAGCGUAGCCUUUGUUUUUUAAUUAUCUUAGUGGCUAUUCUGGGUAUUAUCUUAACUGCCCUCAUUGUGGGUUAAUGCAUUUUCAAAUUCGUUGUUAUGAUCAAUUCUAUGCAUAUAUACUGUACCGUAUCUUCUAUUGCUCUUCUACUUAUUAUAUAUUACAGUUUCUUUUAUUCUAACUAUUUUACUUAUUUAUUUUGCCAGCAACGCUCUUAAUCUGCUACUUUGUUCUCAAAGUUGCAGAAUGUUUCUAUGCUGAAAUGAAUCUUUUUAUGCUUUUACAAUCUUUGCAAAUCCCGAUCAUAGUUUUCUGUAUUUAGUCUUUGAAAUUUUCUUAGUAAAAGAUUUGUUUCUCCAA